CAGAUUUAGAAAAUGGUGUUCUUCAAACUGAAACACAUACACCAAAUGAUGCUACAAUUGAAACUGAACCAGGUGCUAAUUUUAUAGCAUCAGAUGAAGAAGCUUGCCGCACAGAAGAUAAUAUGGUUGAUGAUGUACUUGCUGAUACUGAGCCAGAAUCACUUUUCCUAUUUCGAC